AUGCUUCUUCCACGGGACACGGCGGCGCACAUAGCGCUGCUGUCCCUCUCCUGUCUUCCGGGACUUGCUUCGGCCGCUGCCACAAACUACACCUUGCCAAACGAAUGCAGGGCCUUUCCAGGCAGUCGCGAUUGGCCGUCGACGGGGGUUUGGAAGAGUCUCAAUGAGACGCUCGGCGGACGACUCCUGGCCCCUGCCCCGCCAGGUGCCGUUUGCCACCUCGGACAUCCUACCUACGACGCCGAUCAGUGCCCGAACGUGCAGAGGAACUGGAGCAGCUACCAAUGGCACACCGAGAAUCCCGUCUCCGUCAUGCGGGAUCAGUUCACCAAAUAUUCUUGCCUGCCCGACCCCAAGGUGCCAUGCAGCGGUCAGGGAUAUCCUCCCUACGUGGUUGAUGCCUUCACCGCAGAGCAUGUCAAGAUCGGGGUCGACUUCGCCCGAAAGCACAACAUCAGACUCGUCGUCAGGGGCACUGGCCACGACUUCAUCGGGCGCUCCAUCGCCCCGGGCGCGCUGUCCAUCUGGACCCACCACAUGAGUGACAUCACGUUCCGCCCAGGCAAGUUCAAGCUCGCCGGCUCCAGCAGGGUCCUUCGGGGCAACGCCGUGACCGUCGGGGCGGGCGCGCAAAUGUUCGACGUCUACAAGGCCACCGACAAAUACGGCCAGACGAUUGUGGGCGGCGCGGGGAAAAGCGUCGGCAUCACCGGCUACAUGACGGGCGCCGGCCACUCGGUCUUGGCUCCCCGGUUUGGCCUGGCAGCAGACAAUGUUCUGGAGAUCGAGGUCGUGACUCCGGCCGGCAAGCUAAUUACCGCCAACGAGGACCGCCACCCUGAUCUUUUCUGGGCCAUGAGAGGCGGCGGCGGCUCGACCUUUGGAGUCAUCACCAAUAUCACCAUGUGGACUCACCCGUCGCCAAAGAUCACCAGCAUCCGCUGGAUGGCCGUCACAGACGCCAAGAGCCCCUUUUUAUACGAUCUUGCCGCUAAUGUCCUCUCAAAGUUCCCCCAGCUUGUGCGAUCCGGGAUCUCGGGGUGGAACUUUGUCACCAACCACAUCGCCGACCCGAUUCCCGAGCCUGGCCGCAACGCCACGGGGCCGCUCGCUGGCGCGUUCGGCAUCACCCUGAUCCAGAACUCCAACGACAGCAACGUUGCCCAAAAAGUCUUCAAGCCGGUUCAAGACGUGAUCCAGGCCGAGUGGCGCGGGAAGGCCAGGCUGCUGCUCCAGACGAAACAGUAUCCCUCGUUCCUGGCAUGGAUCACGGAAAACUACGACAUGAGUCCCGCCGGCAACAGCUCGUGGGCCGUCUCACGACUCUUGGAUGAGAGGGCUCUGACGGGCGACACCAAGGCUCUAGCAAACGCGCUCAAGGCAGGAAGCAAGCCCAGUGGCAGCGUCAUGGCCUUUCUCGUCUCCAGCAAGGGCGCCAAGAACGCGAGGCCUCGAGGGGGCGGGAAUGCCGUCAACCCGGCCUGGCACUCAGCUUUUGUGCAUGCGUUGACGGUGGCCAAUUACUCGCCGUUCAACAAGACAGCAGAGCAGGAUACAAUUAAUCUCCUCGACACAUCGUUCCAGCCGCUGCGUGAUCUCACGCCGCAGUCUGGGGCUUAUGUUAAUGAAGCGCUACCGUUCGAGAAGGACUGGCAGCACUCAUUCUGGGGUUCAAACUACGAGCGACUGGUCAAGAUUAAGCGCGAGGUCGAUCCAACCGAUGUUCUCUGGUUUCUUGGCGCUAAUCAAUUAUACGGCUGUGGUAACUUUGAGUCUCUCGAGUCCGUGCGUAAGCCGCGGCCCUUAACAUCCAUCUCGUCUUCGGUCCUCUAG